AUGUUGACAUAUUUCGCGACCAUUUCGUCUUUUGCUCUUGUAUUAAGUCUCAAUUUGAACCCCACAAACACAGUUCCAAGCUGUGUCACCCAAAACAAUGAACCCGGUACCUGCGUCCCAUAUUACCAGUGCAACGACAACGGAACGUUAAACACAGAUGGCGUUGGAGUUAUAGACAUACGAUUUGGCGGGGAAACGUGUCCAUCUUAUUUGGAUACUUGUUGCAGACCAUCGCAGACGAGAGGAUCCGAUGACCCCAUAACACCUAAACCAUCAAUAAAUCAUAAUGGCUGUGGCUGGAGGAAUCCGAACGGCUUAGGGUUUAAAACGAAAGGCACUAGUGGAGAUAUGGCCAUGUAUGGCGAGUUUCCUUGGAUGAUAGCCGUUUUGAAGUUAACACCAAUCGACGGCAAAGCAGAUGAAACAUACAAACUUUACAUGGCUGGCGGAUCCCUGAUCCAUCCUAGUGUUGUGCUAACCGCAGCGCACUCAGUAAUGGUGGAACAUCACUAUUUGGUUAGAGCGGGAGAAUGGGACACUCAGACAGAGAAAGAACUAUAUCCGUAUCAAGAGAGAGAUGUCGCUGAUGUGUUGUUACAUGACAAAUUCAAUCAGCGUAAUUUACACUACGACAUAGCGCUGAUGUUCCUAGAGUCAGCAGUAAAUAUGGCCCCCAACGUGGGUAUAGUCUGUCUGCCUCCGCCGAACGAGAAACCACUUCCCGGAGCCCGAUGCUUAGCUUCAGGGUGGGGUAAAGACCUGUUCGGAAAGCAGGGAAAAUAUCAAGUUAUAUUGAAAAAGGUGGAGGUGCCGGUCGUAGAUAGUGAAGUGUGUCAAAAAAAUCUACGCACAACCAGACUAGGGUUGUACUUUAAACUGAGCAAGACUUUUAUGUGCGCUGGUGGGGGAGAAGAAGAUACAUGCAAGGGCGAUGGUGGAUCACCGUUAGUUUGUCCCAUACAGCACGAAGCAGACCGUUACGUGCAGAGUGGUAUUGUGUCAUGGGGCAUCAGCUGCAGGGAGUACGGCAUCCCUGGAGUUUACGUCAAUGUUGCAAUACUUCGUCCUUGGAUCGACAAGAAUGUUGCCAGCCGCGGAUUUGACACGAAAGUUUAUAGUUUAUAG